AUGGCCGACCCGGCAAAGAAGAGGAGCAACCCCGCCACUUCGAGAGGAGGAGAGAGCCACACACGUGGUGCGAAGGCACCGCGUUUAGCCACCCGCGAUGGCCCUACCGAAGGUAGGGGCGGAAAACCUAGAAGUCCGCCAGCGGGUGGCAACAAGACUGCCAGCGGCCCUCUAGCUGCUGGAACCAGUAAGGCAGGCCCAAGUAACCUAUCCCCAAAAACAGGAGCCAGUGAUGCGGCCAACCUGGGGCCUGCCAAACAGACAAGAUACAAUUGUGAGGACUGCGGGAAGGCGUUCUACACCAAGAAUGGACUUACAAGACACAGACCCGCGUGUGGCACCGUAGAGCGGACCAAAUGCCAGUACUGCGGGUCGGAGUUUUCAUCUUUUACUGGCGUGCGACUGCAUGAGCACAGGGCACACGCCGCUGCAGUAAAUGACGAGAAGAGGGAGAGGCUGGAAAGGCCGGAAUCUGAACUGAUGCAGAUAAUGGCGAGAAUAGAAGCUGCCACUAUAAAGGGGCAACCCUUUAUAGACAGGAUGGUUUCAGAUACCGGCCUUACUCGCGACCAAGUGCGGCACAGAAGAAACAAAACCCGUUUACAAGGAGUACCUCUGUGCCGCCAAAGAGAUCCAAACAAACAAUCUCCCUUUCCCUCGGCCUGUGCCCUCGGCUGGUGCAGCGCGCGCCAGUGCCCAUGUGGAAACUCCUAA